CUCUCUCUCUCUCUCUCCUCCCCAAUUUUUCUCAAAUUCUUCCAGUUUAAGAAUUGGUCAUACCCCUUCCUGUCUAUUUCUCUACCAAUACAAUUUAGCCCCGUCCUAAAAAAAAACAUCUCACACGUGAGAGACCAAAAUCCUCUACACCACGAUUUGAUCCUUCAUAUAUCAUUAUUGUAAACGAUGUCCCGGGUUACCAAUAAUUGGGAGAGGUUAGUGGGAGCGACGUUGAAGCGAGAACUCGGUCAAGGUCAUGAGAGAACGUCCAGUGGCAUCGCCGGAGCUGUGCCACCUUCGCUUGCCCGUACGACCAUUAUUGACGCGAUUUUGCAGGCUGCCGAUGAGAUUCAAGAUGAGGACCCUAACGUUGCCAGAAUUUUGUGUGAGCAAGCAUAUAGCAUGGCACAAAAUUUGGACCCAAGCAGUGAUGGUCGUGGUGUUCUCCAAUUCAAGACCGGUUUGAUGUCUGCUAUUACGCAAAAACUUGCCAGAAGGGACGGUGCCCGUAUAGAUCGCCAUCGGGAUAUUGAACACCUGUGGGAGUUUUACCAGCACUACAAGAGACGUCAUAGAGUGGAUGACAUCCAAAGAGAGGAACAAAAGUUCCGGGAAUCUGGAAAUUUUUCUACUGUUAAUCUGGGAGAAUUUGAGCUAAGAUCUCUAGAGAUGAAAAAGGUAUUUGCUACCUUGAGGGCCUUAGUAGAGGUCAUGGAAGCACUCAGUAAAGAUGCAGAUCCUCAUGGGGCUGGCAGACAUAUCAUGGAGGAGCUACAAAGAAUUAAGACGGUUGGGGAGCUCACAUCGUAUAAUAUUGUCCCAUUGGAUGCACCUUCAUCAAGUAAUGCCACUGGAGUUUUCCCUGAACCCCUUUGAAACAGGUGGGAUCAAGGAAAUUCCAAGCUCAUCGAUUGACAUAAUAUGCUGUUUUCUGUGAAAGGGUUGCUCCACAUGAAAGUGUUCAUAGCCGGCGCAACAAAAAGUGGCUUGCUGUAUUCCCAUGCUCGGACAAUGCUGGUCAGCAGAUUGUCACAAAAGUGGAAGAAAAGAUCAGACGUUUUUCAAUGAUUCUAGGAGAGGGAGAGAGAUUAAGUUAAUUAAUAAUGUAGGAAAUACAAUUACAGGAGACCAAGAUAACUCAUAUCACUCACUCUGUAAUGAAUUACUAGCAUUAAGAUGGUAUCUGGUAUUGGAGGAGUUGUUUGUAAAAGUUUUUUUUAUUUAAAAAUAUAUUAAAAUAAUAUUUUUUA